UAUAAUCAGGCAUAACUAAAAGAAGUGUGCAUAUGAAAUUUCUCGUGAUUCUCCGUGAGUCGUGUAUAAUUUUCUUAGAAUAUAUUCCGUUACGCUUCGUGUGGUGAGUCUCUGGUUGAGAGAUUGUAUAAACGAUGUGUGAAAGUACAGUUAGUGUUGCUCUACGUAUCCGUCCAUUAGUAGACAAUGAGCUUGAAAAAGGGUGUCAAAUGUGUUUAGAUGCUAUAUCUGGAGAACCACAAGUUCGUAUAUGCAAUACUGACAAAGCGUUCACGUACAAUUAUGUGUUUCCUCCUCACAUUGGACAGGAAAAUUUUUAUAACACGGCGAUUAAACGACUCGUAGAUAAUACCUUUCAAGGCUAUAAUGUUACAAUAUUAGCAUAUGGACAGACUGGAAGUGGCAAAACCCAUUCUAUGGGUACCAAUUAUACGGGUGUGGGAGAGAAGGGCAUUAUACCAAGAGUUAUAUAUGAUAUAUUUGAAAUAAUUAAAUCCAAGGAAGAUUGGAGUUUCAAAGUAGCAGUCUCAUUCAUGGAAUUGUAUCAAGAACAAUUGUAUGAUCUUUUAUCUGAUAAGCAGAGAAGCCAAUCCAUUGUAGAUAUUAGAGAGGACGGUAAAAACAUAAAAAUUGUCGGUGUAAGUGAGAAACAAGUUGAAGAUGCUCAAGAGACGUUAGAGUGUCUGGCACAAGGUUCCCUGGGUCGCGUAACGGGUGCAACUGCAAUGAAUGCACAUAGCAGUCGCAGUCACGCUAUAUUUACAUUAUGUAUACGUCAGCAAAAGAAAGAUGAUCCGAAUACAGCGACAGUGGCGAAAUUUCAUUUGGUUGAUUUAGCGGGUUCUGAACGUAGUAAAAAAACUCAAGCAACUGGGGAACGGUUUAAAGAAGGUGUAAAUAUAAACAAGGGAUUGUUGGCUUUGGGAAAUGUUAUUUCACAACUAGGUGAUGGUGCCUCUGGAACAUAUAUCGGAUACAGAGACAGUAAACUUACCAGAUUGUUGCAAGAUUCCUUGGGUGGUAAUUCCAUGACUCUUAUGGUUGCCUGUGUCAGUCCUGCUGAUUAUAACUUGGAUGAAACUCUUAGUACAUUGAGAUAUGCGGAUCGUGCACGUAAGAUAAAGAAUAAGCCAAUUGUGAAUCAAGAUCCAAAAGUAGCAGAGAUCAAUCGGUUGAACAAAUUAAUUCAAGAACUGCGGCUGGCUCUUGCGAAUCAGGAACUUGGCAUAACAACAUGUCCGAAGGAACACGAGGCACUCGAGGAGAAAUAUAGUGUAUUACAUCAAAAGUUUAGAGAUAUGACGGAAAAAUUGAGUUCGAAUUUAGGAGAAAUCGUAGUUAUGCACGAACGAGCGGAGAUGGCCGAACAGGCUCGGGAAAAAAUCAGAUUUGCUAUAUCGUUAUUACUUGAUGAAUUCAAGCAAGUUUUACAAGAUUUCGAUUCUUGUCUUGAAAUCGACGAUGAAAAACGAAAUAAAUUAAAAGCGAUAUAUGAAAAGAUGUUAGAUAUCCAAAAUAAUGAGAAGAAAGCAUCCGAAGAACUUAUAAAUCAUGAAAUAUCCAAUUCCAAACAUUGUGUCAUACACAUGGAAGAAGAUAUAGAAUGUGUGCAUACAGAGGAAUUGAAUGAUAUCGAAGAUAAUUUGGAUUACUUUGAUAAAAAGGAAGAGGAACACACACUACGGCAAGCGGAGCGAAAUAACGAGGUCCAAACUAUUAAUAAGGAGUUGGCACUCAAAGAAAGCCUCGUGUCGGAACUGUUGAAAAAUGUAACGCAAGAAACCGCUGAAAGCCGUAGGAAUGUCGUGGAGAUGGAACAAGAAAUCAAACUGUUACAUGCGGAAAAAGAGGAACAUUUACAAGCGGUUCAUGCUCACAAUGUCAGUUCUAAAUUGGCUGAGACGCGUCGUAAAAGAGUACAAGAACUGGAAAAAAAGAUAGCGGAAUUGACACGUAGAUGCAUGGAACAGAACAAGAUAAUUAAAGCGAAGGAGAAGCAGGAUCAAAAAAUUAAAACUCUCUCCUGUGAGAUACAAACGUUAAAAGAAACUCGAGUCAAGCUUAUCAGACAGAUGCGCAACGACGCAAAUAAUUUUACUAAGUGGAAACAAUCCAAGGAAAAGGAAAUUAUUAAAUUAAGAACGCAGGAUCGUAAACGUGCUUACGAAAUGGUACGCAUGAAAAUAGAACAUAAUAAACAGGAGAAUGUUUUUAAAAGGAAAAUGGAGGAAGCUUUUGCAGUUAACAAAAGAUUAAAGGGUGCUUUGGAGAUGCAGAAAAAGGCGAUGCAACGACAAGAAAAGAAGACCAAUAGCAAAGAAGAGAUAAAAACUUGGAUCGCUCAAGAAAUGGAAGUAUUAAUGGCCACUGUAGAAGCAGAUUAUUCUCUUGAAAAACUGAUGCAAGAUAGAGCUUCGUUGGUACAUCAAUUGGAGCAACUUAAAAAAAAUAACGAUCCGGAUGAAAAGGAGCUUGCAACUGUUACUGAAUUCAUAGAAUUACGUAACAUACAAAUUGCAGAUCUACAACAAAAGAUUCUUGAGUCAGAUCAGGAAACUAGAACAAAUACUCGAUGGAAUAUGAUACGUACAACAAUGGACGCAAAAGUAGCACUUGAAACAGCAUUUCAUGUAGUUACACAAGACAGGAAGCAACAAUGUUACAAAUAUAAUGAAUUGAAAGAAAAGUAUCAGAAUCUAGAAGCACGACUAGAAGAAUAUGAAAAACGGGAGAGAGUAAAUAAAAUAUCUUGUUCGCAAGAUUCAUCUGAUAUGUUUUCUAGCGAUACUGACAAAUCUUUGACAAAAUCUAUAAAGAGACAGGUUUCGAUAGAGAAUUUAAAUGAAAAUAAAAAAUCAUUGUCCAAGAAAAGAAAGAUGGAAAAUAAAAUAAAAGAAGAAAUAGUCGAUGAGAAUGCUUGUCUAUCGUACGAUGACAGUUCAACGAUGGAAGACGAUGUCGAUAAAGAUCCAGAUUGGAAAAAAACGCCGCUUUAUAGUCGAAUACAAAAAUUACAGAAUAAAUCGAAACUCUCAAUUCAACGACUGACCUUUAAUAAGAUAGAACCUAAUCAUGAGAAUCCGAUAAAAUGUGCUUGUAAAACAAAAUGUUCUACACGGGUAUGUACGUGUCGUAAGAAUGGUGUUACCUGCAACAACUGUAACUGUGACUCGGAACAAUGUCAGAAUAGAAACAAAGAGAAUUUGCGUACUACGCUGUUUUCAGAUGUUGCAAUGUUAGAUAAAGCGAGAUGUGAUUAGAAAAGAAGAUGAAUCAUUUUUUUUCAAUUGUGCAUGAAAAGUACAUUUACUUCAUAGUAUCAUGCUCAAUUCAAAUAUUGUAUAUAUUCUAAAUUUUCGUGUCACAAAUAUUUAUUUCACUUUUCAUAUUUUGACAUAAACUGAACAUGAUAAUUCCAGGUAUAGGAAGACUCAUUUGUUGGAAGGAUCCCGUUUGCCUACAA